AUGUUCCCUGUGCAGUUGAACCACCCUGUCAGAGGACUUCCCUUAGCCAGCGACAGAAUAAACACGGAUCCAAGGUUUCUGAAAGGGAAAGUGGAGGAACCGGCUUCUUCGAACCCUCAGUACGCUCCAUGUCAAGAAGAUGGCAGUGAAGACAUGGCUCAGACGGAGCAAACGAUUCAACAAGUUGGGGCAGCCAGUAGCAGUGUAUCGACCUCUUCACGUGACAAGCCACCAGUCAUCAGAAUCUCAAAGAACACGUCGAAUGGCUACUCAUACCACCCGCUAAGGCGAAAUCAACUUCAGGGGGUAGACACUGGUGGAGGAAGGCCGGGCUCUAAUAAUCCCUGGGGUAAAGGCUCCUACUCAGAUCUCAUAACGAUGGCUCUUGCAUCUCGUGUAGAGAAGAAAAUGACACUGGACGAGAUUUAUCGAUGGAUUACACUAAAUAUUCCAUAUUUCAGAAACAAAGGAGACGAGAUAUCCUCAUCCGGAUGGAAGAAUUCAAUUCGCCAUACAUUGUCUGUGAGGCAACGUUUUGUGCGACUGCCCCGUAUCACAAAUGGGAGCGUGUCACACAAGAGCUGGUGGACCUUGAGUGAUGACUUCCUACGCAAACGAUCAGCUGUGCGAACAAGCUCUUUAGAGCCAUUACCUUUAGUUGACCCAGAGUACAAGGACAGCAAGCAAACACAAACGAAAAUGGCUGUUUGUGAAUGGUGUUCUCGCCCCUUUACUAGGAUGUGA